AAUUAUAAAAAAUCAAUUCUAUACGAUGAAGAGGGUAGCAUCUUACAAUUACAAAAUUGUGUGUAUGGUCGUAAUGACGUUGUUUGUGUACGGAUAUUCAGCCGCAGCCGAACAAAUAGCUUACACCAUAACUGUUGAUCUUAACGGUGGCGGAAAUUUUACGACCGUCCAAAGUGCAAUCGAUUCAAUCUCUCCUCCCAACCAUAAUUGGAUUCGUGUCUUCACACAAAAUGGAAUUUACCGGGAGAAAGUAACGAUACCAAAAGAAAAAGGAUUCAUAUAUUUGCAAGGUAAAGGAAUUGAACAAACGGUAAUUGAGUACGAUGAUCAUCAAGCCACCGAUAUCAGCGCAACGUUCACUGCUUUUGCUGAUGAUAUCGUCAUCUCCGGUAUAACUUUCAAGAACACGUACAAUAUUGUGCCAAAUAACAAACGGGAGAUUGUACCGGCGGUGGCGGCGAGGAUGCUUGGAGAUAGAUAUGUGGUGACCGAUUCUAGUUUCGUCGGACUUCAAGAUACUUUAUUUGACGGAAAAGGCAGACAUUAUUACAAGCGAUGUAUAAUUUCUGGCGGGAUCGAUUUCAUAUUUGGUUAUGGUCAAUCACUAUUCAAGGAAUGUACAUUGAAUAUGACGCUGGGGAUAUAUGCACCGGAUAACCCGUAUGGAACGAUAACUGCGCAUCAAAGGCCGUCACCGUCAGAUGAGGGAGGAUUUGUGUUCAGUGACUGUACCGUUACGGGAGUCGGGAAAACGUUGUUGGGACGAGCAUGGGGAUCAAACGCACGUGUCAUCUUCGACCGUUCACGAUUAUCCGACGUCGUUCUUCCUAUUGGUUGGGAUGCUUGGCGUGCAAAAGGCAACGAGAGAGACUUAACGUUUGUGGAGGCUGGUUGCACCGGAGCUGGAGCGGACACGUCACAGAGAGUGCCGUGGCUUAAGAAGCUGAGUCUAAGUGAAGUUGAUGGAUUCGCCAGCGUUUCCUUCAUUGACCAAGAUGGUUGGAUCUCUAGGUUCCCCAUUGAGGGUGGGCCUUAACAAUUCUAUUUGACAAAGUUUGAUAUUGGGCUAGAAGCCCCAUUAAGUAAACCUUUUAUUAUAUUGGAGAAGUAAGAAAACCCAUUAAGUAGACCUCUUUAUUACAUUGGGCUAUAAGGCCCAUUAAUCUC